GGUGAUCGGAUGGUCGGAGGAAAAGGAAUGGGACAAUGAUCGCAUUUGUGGUUCGCAAACUGCCUGAAAAAUGGUUCGCAUGGGAAGGAGGGAAGAGGUUUGUUGGUUCGCUUACUGUGGUCGCAUGGCAAGGCCACAAGGGUACGUACUGUCGUACAAAGAGAAAAUGCUGGUGUUGCGGCCCCGCGGGAUGCGGCUUUCUCAUCCUUUUCUGCCUUGGGGAUGGCCCAUAGAUCGUGGGUGCUACUGAAUCUGUGGUUCGCAAACUGCGUGGUGAAUGGUUCGCAUUACGGGAGUAUGGAGAUGAAAUUCAGCGGACUGGUGAAGGGGUACUAGAUAUUGAGUUGGCCAUCUGCCAUCCCUUUCCCUCAAUACAUGUCGCUCUGCGAGAAGGGAAAAUAUAUAAAUAAGAUGGCAUACCCGGAUCGAAAUCCACAUCCACAUCGCUAUCACUUCAUUCUUUCUCCAUCCUUACCGAUACAGAAGUACUUCAGUACAUCGUAAUAUAUGUAUGACCUUUACCUAGGAGUCAUUUCUUGAAAAUCCUCACGACCGAUCCCAAAUAUGUCUGGAACACACCCCCAAGCCUCCUCGUCAAGGUAAACCACAACCUUUCAGCGUUCUUCAUAUACCAUGACCCUCUCGAUCCUCCCAGUCCUCUCCCCAGACUUUCUCAUCUACAAACCCUUCCGGAACUAGGCUAACCCAAAAUCUCAGAAACGUUGGACCUUCCUCAAGAGCCUCAUCAAACUACACCACCUGCACCAACUCGUUCCAUCCUCACACCUCUCACCAACAACCCCAAGGCUCACAGUCCAACAUAACUUCCACUUCUCAUCAGCCCCUCACGACUCAAGCCAUACAAGCCCACAACCUCCACCAGCUCUCUCUCCAUCAAGACCCCUCGUACCUCACCAAUAUCCAACAAGGACAAGUACACCUCAUCGGUUGUGCUCUAGACAGUCUCGAUGGCUUUAGCGACACUCUUCCACAGUAUCUUCGUGCCCGAGUCGUGUAUGAAACGCCCGGUAUGGCGACGAUGGAACGCUUUGAGACCUCGUCCUCGUAUCCAUUGAGGAGUCUCAAUGAAUAUGAGGCAUCCUUCGAUGGCGUAUGUGAAGACCUUCAACAACAACAACAAGCCGAUACGCGUGCUAUGGCGACGAUGGAACGCUUUGAAACCUGGUCUUCGUAUCCAUCAAGGACUCUCUCUGUAUACGAAACUCCCUCCCUCGAUUCAAGCGAUGAGAACCAACACCAACACCAAAACCAAUCCAUCACACCCCCAUUCCCGUCCUCAUCCCAACACCCUUCCCUCCCAACACCCAAUCACCACCACGAAACAUCCUCAACACACCCCCAACCCCCUCACACACCACAAGACCACAAUCCCUACCCCCAAAAUCAACAUCUCAACCCAACAUACCCCUCCUACCCAUCACCGAUAGACCAAACACAAACACUCUCAAGAAUCGGAACACAAUUUCCCGUAUACGCCUCUUGCGCAAGUCCAAGUCCGAGUCAAGUCCAUGCCCAAGAGAUUUAUAUAGCGAUAAGAAAAGCAUACGUCGGUUCUCAAUGGUAGUAAGAGAUGAAGAGAGAAGGAGAGAGUGUGUGUGUGUGUGUCUAUUUAACGUCUAGGCGGACACGUACGCAAGUCACGUGCCCUUCAGUCCCCGUUGGGGCAAAAGACGCCAGGGGGGGAGGCCCCUGGCUUCCUGUCUAGCUAGCUAGAUUAUAUAAGAGUUUAAAGGCUGUAGCGGGGUUUACAUGUACGCUUUAGCUGUUGUUUUGUCCGCUUGAGGAAGUAAAACAGUAGUGCUGCCACCUCUUUGCAGCAUGAUCCUCCAGCCUGUGAUCCUAGCCCCUGUUCGCCGCUGCCUCCGCCUCUGAUAAUGGAAUAAAGUAAAUGAGAGAAUAGUAAAGAGAAGAGUAAAAGGAAACUAGUAGACUUUUGAGGGCUCCCUUAUAAGGUAGGAGAGCUUUGUGUAUGUGAUAUACACACUUCUUGGUAGAACUUGGAGUCUGUAAACCACUUUGCUAGUUUGAUAGAGCCCUG